GCCGCGUUUUAGGGCAGCUCAUAAAACAGAUUUAUUUUUAUUAACACGCCGACGGCAUAGAUCAAAAAUCCUUCUAAUUGAUCUGCUUUAGACUCUUUCUUUUUACAUGAUUUUUACUCACCCAAUCGCAUUGGCGACUAUUCCGUUAUAAUUCUGCUAGAACUGGCGUCACGGGUCGCGGGACUCGCGUUGGCGCACGAGCGAUGGAGUCCUUCCAGCAGCAGCUCGAGCCAGACGAGUCGGAAAAACGAAAACCGAAGGAACACAAGAGAUCUAGGAUCGAAGUACGUCUUCGGUCUAAACCAAGAGAUUAUGUGCCUGGAAGCGGCCCUCCACUACAGCCUAUUAGCUUGCUUCCGCCCCAAGAUUCGACCGCGUAUAUAUUGGAGCGAAUUAUCCUUCCCUCGCCGGGCGUUGCUGCAGAUGGACUCCCUCUACCGAGACGGAUGACAUAUAUCGUGUCAUGGACGGACCUACCUGCGGCGCAGAUGUUGGUUCCUGCAAUGGAUGUUCUGGAGUACGUAUCGCCGAGGAAAUUGGAAGAAUGGGAAUUCAAGAAUACGGAAGAACAGCUUGAAGAGGAAGCGGCGGAGAAAAAGAAGACAGAAGCUGGACAGGUCACCCAGCCAAAGAGGCGUGGUAGACCACCCAAGCACAGUACGAUAGAAACGGCUGUUGUUGCGGUAGUAGAAGAUGAGGAGGCUGUUCCAAUGAAGGGGGCCAUGACGAUUAAGACCCCUACGAAGAACAGAUUGAAGGACUUUGAGGGGUUGUCGGAUGAAGAGGGUUCGGCGAGACAGUUGCAGUGGGAAAUGACUGGUAAUUCGGCUGAGACGGAUGAUCAGGCAUUGGAUGAGCAUAGAGGGACUGUUGAGAACUCAGAAAGUGCUUUCAGUGGCACUAAUAUAGAUCCGUUGCAUGGUACAACUGUCGACUCUCAUGCCCCAAAGAAAAGUCAUACCAAGGGCAAACAUUUUGAGUCAUUCCCCUCAACAGGGACCUCAAGUCGACAAAGCACGCCGCAAAUCACGAGCAUACGCUCAAAGUCUGAAGGCAAAAAGAAGCUUGACCGUCCUUCAAAAAAAGCACAACCUUCUCGCGGACUAUUGAGUGGCGUUCAAGGUACAGGCUCCGCCUCAGACUGGACUCCCCAAGAGUCACUCACCUACUCUAACUCGGGGGUUGAGACACCAGAUCCAGAGCCAGAAACCCAGACAGCACGACUCAUCGAAGAAGCUAUCUCAGUUCAAAAGAAACCUCCAAAGCCAAAGUCAAAGCCCAAAACUAGCAUCCCCAAGUCUCCAGAGCCAGUUCCUCAAGAAGAACCCGUGGGGGAAGAUCCAGAAGAGGCAGAUGAACCAGGCUGGGAAGUCAAACGCCUCGAAGACAUGGAACUCUAUGAUGUGGAAGGCCAAGGUCUAGUCCGCUACUUCUUGGUCCGCUGGGAAGGCGACUGGCCACCGGAUCAGAACCCCUCCUGGGAGCCAGAAUCUAACCUCCCCAAGGAUCUCGUCAAAGCAUACCUCCGCAACAGGAAACGAAAGCGCUCAGACAAGCCGGUUACAAAACCAGUUUCUAAACAACCCUCCGCUGCACCAUCAUACGCUCCCAAGAAGAAAUCCAUGAAACAAACGACGUUAUCAUGGGGCAUUCCUGCAAAGCAGUUCAAGAGCGUCAGUGAGGCUUUCGCGGGCGGAGAGGAAGAUGAACUUGGAAUGCCCGUCGCUGCAGAUCCGCGUCAGGAGGAUGAUGACGAUGAUGUGCUUUUCGUCGUGGAGGAACCGCCUGCGAAGAAGAACCGGGCUAAGAACUGGGGUGCGAAUGGAUGGGGAGCAGAUGAUUACAGUUGAAGAAAAGCAACAGGUCAAGGUUGGCUACGGAGUUGGAGAUGGCUUUCGUGAAGAUUGCAUGAAAGCAUUUUAUUAUUACAGGCGAAGGCGCAAUUACUUUUCAAAAGCAUACGGCCACGGCGGACAUAGCAUUAGAGAUACCCAUUUUGUGUCAAAUGACUUUUUUACAUUGAGCUACCUAAAAGUACCUUAAACUACCGUUGAUUAAUUCAUUGAUUUCCCAGGGCUCCAAAAAAG